AUGCCCUUUGGAUUGUGUAACGCUCCGGCGACUUUCCAAAGGUGCAUGACGUCGAUCUUUUCGGACUUGAUUGAGGACACUGUUGAGGUGUUUAUGGAUGACUUCUCUGUCUAUGGCAGUUCUUUUGUGUCUUGUUUGUCCAACUUGUGCAGGGUUCUCAAGCGCUGCGAGGAGACGAACCUAGUGCUCAAUUGGGAGAAGUGUCACUUUAUGGUCAGGGAAGGGAUCGUCUUGGGACACAAGAUAUCAGAAAAGGGGAUAGAGGUUGAUCAAGCAAAGAUUGAGGUGAUGAGUCAGCUUGCUCCACCAAAGACAGUCAAGGACGUGAGAAGUUUCCUUGGGCACGCUGGUUUCUAUCGGAGAUUUAUCAAGGACUUCUCCAAAAUAGCUCGUCCUUUGACACGCCUCUUGUGCAAGGAGACUGAGUUCCUGUUUGACGAGGAGUGCCUUAAGGCAUUUGAGAUGAUCAAGACUGCCUUGGUCACGGCCCCGAUUGUGCAAGCACCAAACUGGGACUACCCUUUCGAGAUCAUGUGUGACGCUAGUGACUACGCCGUGGGAGCUGUGCUUGGCCAGAGGAUAGACAAAAAGCUCCACGUGAUAUAUUACGCAAGCAGAACCAUGGACGAUGCCCAAGGACGAUACGCAACAACUGAGAAAGAGCUCUUGGCAGUAGUCUUUGCGUUCGAGAAGUUCAGAAGACACCAAGCCACGGCUCCUGAGAUGGAUACUUCUUCUCCAGAGUUCGAUCUCGAAAUUUUGGAUAAGAAAGGGGUUGAGAACGGAGUUGCGGAUCAUCUCUCGAGGAUGAGAGUAAAUGAACCGGCACCUAUCGACGAUACUCUGCCUGAGGAACAGCUACUCUUGGUGGAAGUCUGGGAAAAGCGUAGGCUUAGCAGUUCGGUUAGAGCAGUUAAGGCAGUUGAGGAAAAAGAAGUGCCUUGGUAUGCAGAUUUUGCCAACUACUUGGUGUGUGGAGAAGUGCCAGCCGACCUAUCUCCUUACCAGAAGAAGAAAUUCUUCAGGGACAUCUCACAUUACUUUUGGGACGAACCAUACCUGUUCAAGAGAGGAUCAGAUGGUCUGUUUAGGAGGUGCAUAGCUCAGGAGGAAGUAGAAGGAAUACUCGAGCAUUGUCACGGAUCGAGCUACGGAGGUCACUUUGCGACUUUCAAAACAGCUUCCAAAGGUUCUUCAAGCCGGAUUCUGGUGGCCAAGCCUUUUCAAAGACACUCACGACUUCAUUGCAAGGUGUGA